UACAUGUACGGUAUAAUGUACCGAUACGACAGAGUUUAUUCCCUACAAUAUGAACCAGGAAGUAAACAUUUCCUGAUUAAGAAAAUGGAAGUUAAUGGGCAUAAAUCGAGAAAAUCUUUUUAUCAAGGAUCGGAUGAUGUUCAUGAUUUUCCAUGUUCACCUUGUGCUAACGAAGGAAAGAAUGUGGCUGCUGUCAAACAUUGUGUAGAAUGUGAUGAAAACCUGUGUACAACCUGCUUGAAUGAUCACAAUAAAUUCUCUUUGAUGAAGGGGCACCAGUUACUGGACAAAGUGAAAACACCUAGUCGACAAAGACCUGAGUUGCCGAGUCAGAGAUGUGAUAGACAUAGUGGAAAGUUGAUAGAUGUCUACUGCCCUAGCCACGAUAAAGUUGGCUGCUCCACUUGUAUAGUUGUUGAACACAGUACUUGCCAGGGAAUAAGCUUCAUACCAGACGUAGCAAAACACUCGAACAGUUCCGAAAAGCUUCAGCAACUGGAAACAGCAAUAAACAGUUUACAGACACGCUUCAUCGCUUUAAAACAAAAGAAGCAAAAGGAAUUAGAUUGUUCGAAGCGAGAAAAAGAUAAGCUGCUUCAUGAAAUAAAAUCUGAAAGAAAGAAAAUCAACGACCAGUUAGAUAAGAUGGAAACGGAACUCUUAAACGAAGUGGAUGCGUCAUUCAAGAUUAAGGUACAAAAUAUAGAUUCGGACAUCAAAAAAGUUGAAGACACACUUGCUUCACUUGGGAAAGAUCGACAGAAGAUACAGGCUGCUAAGAGUGAGAAUGUUUCGGAGAAAUACGUUCAAGUAAAUCUUGGGUACGAGAGAAAGAAAAUUGCAACAGAUCGUUUAGAAACUUUAGAAAGAUCUAAAAAAAUCGGAAGACUCUGGUUUGAUCCUUAUCGCCAGAUGACUGGUUCUAAAGUCAAUAUUAUAGGGCAGGUCAUAAAUUAUUCAGCCGUUGAAGUUGGAAGUCUCACUGAAGAAUUUGAUGCAAGAGUUGGUGAUGAUAAUGGCAUCUGCAUUAUUAACAGCAUAUACCUGUGUGCAGAUGGAGAUCUUGUUCUUACAGAUUACAAGAAUAAACGAAUCAAGAAAAUGAAUAAAUCAUAUGCUAUCAUAUCUUUUCUCAACAUUGAUGAUAAUCCAUUUGGCAUUUGCCAGAUAGAUAUGUCUCUCCUAGCCAUUACACUUCCAAACGAGAAAAAAGUUCAGUUUAUCUCCAACACGGAACCAAUGAGGUUACAGAAAUCAUUUGAUGUUGGCGAUCGUUGUAGGGGUAUUGCUUAUAAUGACGGCCGGAUUUAUGUUUGCUGUGGUGGUUCAAGGAAACGUGCAGAAGGAGUUGGUCAUCUUGAAGUAUAUACCAUUUCUGGAGCUUUGGUUAAAUCCUUUUAUAGUGAUAUGGAAUGCCCCGUAAAAGUAACUGUAUCAAAUUGGGAAACGGAGAUUUACGUGUGCGAUGGAUAUGGUGAUCUUUUAAUCAUCAACGAGAAACACGGUAACACGAGAAAAAUUCGCAAACAGGAUAUGAAAUUAGUUGGUAUUAUUGGAAUCUGUUGGAUAAACGAAAGUCAGUUAUGUAUUGUCGGAUAUACAUCAAUGAAUAUAGUACUGAUAUCGUGUGAUGGACAGGUGUAUGAAGAGCUUUUGACAGAGGCACAUGGCCUUGCAAAUACUAUUGAUGUGUGUUUCGACGCAAAAAUGUCCAGCCUUUUUGUCUCCACGCAUCGAAGUAAUAUGAUCAAAGUCUAUAAAUUGAAGAUCAGUAACUGUUAAAUAUCCGGCUGAGAAGAAGCUAGAUUCAAAAUUCACGGCUCUCAAUGUUUGAAACUGCAGGGACUUUUAAUGAUGCACUUUGUCUUUUCUCGUUUUACUUUACGAAUUAAAUAUGCGGGCUAUGACAUAAUACAUAUAAAUGUUGAGUGCUGUAAGAAUUUUAGUUAAUAGACGUAUCACGUUCUUGGUUCUGAUGUGUGCGACUUCUUUUUUUAAUGUCAUUGGUCAAAUGUGUGUAAGUGGACUAAACUGUAUUGUUUGGUAGAAUAAUUGGUUGAAAAGCCCGACAUGUAUGCUAUUAAAAUAUAUGCAAGUGUUUAUUAUAUAUAUUCUAAAUUAAAGUAUAUUGUUAUCAUGUCACUAUCCUGCAUCCG